CGCAGAAAGGCUCGAUAGCACGUCUCGAUAGGUAGUAUUUUAUGACAGAACACCGGCAGCCUCUGUCUUUUAAAACCCACUCUGGACUCGACCGGAUGGUGCGAUACGCUAAUCGGCUCCCAGCCUGAGAGCCAGGCUUUCUUCCCAAGCUAUCCCGGGCGUCCGAGAGGCAAACAUGCCGUUCGCUGCCUCUUUCCCGGAGCCUGGGUCGGUUCCGAACAUCUGGGGUACAACUUAAACCACGGAAAAGUUAUCCUCGGUCGAUCGGGGGUGUUCGGGUGUACGUUUUGAGACGAAAGCACGAUCCCCGGUGCCGGUUUCUGCUUUUCGUUUUCCUUUCAUCCUCUCCGUCUUUCGAUCUGCCGCUUGGAGCGUCUCCAGUGCAUUAACAUGCGCAGCUGCGCGACUCUGAUCUCAUUCUCCCCACACAGGAAUCGCAGCCCGGAUCUUUCCGAAGACGUCUGGAGGAACUGCGGGUCCGAGAGGGUUCACCUGUAAAACUAAAUUAAAUUAAAUCAAAUCAAAUACGCCCUUGAGUUUGCAAGCACAGCGCGGAGAUCAUCGGCGGAUGUGGCCUCGGGUCGAUCAAGCGAACAGCGCGCGAGGGAUUUCUGUCAGAGUUUUUUUUUUUUUUUUUUUUAAUAACGACAGGGGCAGGUAUACAGAUCAUCAAAAGAAAACAGGUAACUAAAAUACGCAGGAACCCCUCGGAUGUUCGGCCCUUUACAAACUCAUGUCAUAGCAAGAAACGCUCCGCAUUAAAAAAAAAUACCCAAUGAUUUUGAGACGUGGAAAUUUCCUGAACUUUUUUACUGAGAUGAAAUUAGGCUGCUGCUAUGCCACAUAUACCCCAUGAUGAGUCGCACAGGGAGAUGUAAAUGAAUAAUGUAAAUGAAGUAAAUUCCGGGGUUCCAGAGCAGAAGAAAGAGGAAUGUCUGCUCUUCAUUCCAAUUUUGCACGUAUUUUGUUCAGUGUACACACAUCGACAACAGUAGCCUAAAGAGAUACCUUAUGCGCGCUUGUGCAGUGUGCUUUCUGAUCUGGAAACUACAACAGUCGCUAUAACAAAUAUAUUUACUUGACAAUUUUCCUACGGUGCGUAAUCACGCGCGCAGGGUCCUGUCUGGGGUGUCCGCUGCUGGGACAUAAGCGCUUAUUAACUGGAGGCUCAAUUGGUCGCGAAGUGUCGUGAUGUCACCGCUGCUUUAAUGUCUCCCGGACUCCCGGCGGAGUGAGAGAAGCGCCCGCUUGCUCCAGCCCCAGCCGACGGUGCUCGGGACGGCCGCAUUCAUGAAUGCGGCUGCAUCCGUGCAGCGUGGCUCACCAUGGGAGAUGGGGCAGCUCAUGUCCGGCACGGCAACGACUCGGGCGAAGCCGGGGAACGGGACGCCGUCUCGCAGCACGCUGACAUGACGGAGCAGUGGGUGGUGGGAAUGGGGAUGCUUCUGGGACUGAUCGUGCUCACCAUCGUCAUUGGGAAUAUACUGGUGAUAGUGGCCAUAGCCAAGAACCAGCGGCUCCAAACGUUAACCAACCUGUUCAUAGUGUCGCUGGCUUGCGCGGACCUGAUCAUGGGCUUGCUGGUGGUGCCUUUCGGUGCCGUCCUGGUGGUCAAAGACUCUUGGCUCUACGGGUCCUUCUUUUGCGAGUUUUGGAUUUCGGUGGACGUCCUUUGCGUUACUGCCAGCAUCGAGACGCUCUGCGUCAUCGCCAUUGACAGGUACCUAGCCAUCACCUCUCCUUUCCGGUACCAAAGCCUACUCACUAAAGCCAGGGCAAAGGCCAUCGUGUGCGCCGUGUGGGCGAUCUCGGCGCUGGUUUCAUUCCUUCCCAUCCUGAGUCACUGGUCGAGAGAUGCCACUGAGACCGCCUGCUACGACAAUCCCGAGUGCUGUGACUUUGUCACCAACCAGGCGUACGCAGUCACAUCCUCCAUAAUAUCGUUUUACAUUCCACUCGUGGUGAUGAUUUUCGUCUACGCCAGAGUGUACAGGGAGGCCAAGAAGCAGCUGGAGAAGAUCGGCCGGUGCGAAGGCAGGUUUCUCCACACUUCGGCCAGGAGGAAGUCGUGCAAAAUCCUGGCCAUAAAAGAGCAAAAGGCGCUGAAGACGCUGGGUAUCAUCAUGGGCACUUUCACGCUCUGCUGGCUACCCUUUUUCAUCGUCAAUGUGGCGAGAGUGUUUUGCGCAGAGGUGGUGGACAAAAACCUUUUCGUCUUCUUAAACUGGCUGGGCUACGCGAACUCGGCUUUCAACCCCAUCAUAUACUGCCGGAGUCCGGACUUUAGGAAAGCCUUCAAAAGCCUGCUGUGCUGCCCUAGGCAGGCGAACCGGCGGCUCCACGUCAGCUCCUGCGAUCUGUCGCGCUGUUCCGGGGGAUUCAUAAACUCCCUGGACCCCAGCAUGUUUGGCACCUGGUCGGAGUGCAACGGGCUGGACAGCAGUGACUGCAGCCUGGACAAAAACGGCAAGUCGACGUACCCUGAGUCCAAGCUGUAACGCCGGAGUCCGGCGUCGACGCGCUCUCGGUUCCCACCGCCUCCUCUCCUCAUCCCGUAUUUCCACUCCAGUUCAUCAGUGCAGUAUUUGCCUAAAUGUGAUGAAUUUAUCGCUAAACACACCCGACAAAUGUAAACAGUACUUCUGUAGAUAAACCUUCAGUUGAUGGAUCGAUGUUACAUAAAGGCCACCGUGCAGCUCGCGCAAUAACCCGAAAACUUAAGCGAAAUAUGAGAAACAUUUAAAUCCAGUAUCAAUUUGUCACUUUUUUUCUGGCUGGAGACGAGGCAUGUUGGGACUUGUUUUCAUUAGUAUGAUCUGUUUAAACAAUAUAGAAUUAUCUUGAAGCCACCGCAACAAUUUGUGUAAAUUCAAAGAGGUUUAACUUCCUGACUGUCUAAUGUGCAAAUUGUACUGAUAGCUAUUGUUUAUAUUAAACAUUACGAUGUAAUGUACAGUAGCCUAUUUAUUUGGUACUUGGUUAAGUGCUCAAAGACACACGAAUGUAUUGGAAAGUUAGGCCACGAGUUUGGAUUAAAUUAACUUUAACACGUAUAUUAUUGUUUAAUAAACUUGCACUUCGAUGUGUAGAGUUCAUAUAUUUUCAUCAUUACGUUCACUUUCAAAUAGAAUCUGUUCUAGUAUUUGUUUUAAAAGGAUAAAUAAAAAAAACCUAGAAUCUGAUUAUGUCGCUAACCGCAUUUUGGUAAAUUUGCUUUAUUACACUAUAAGCUUGGUUUAAGAAAAUAAAACGCUUGUUUAAA